AUGAAUACAGAAUAUCAAGGAUUUGAUACUCAAAAUGUUACAGAUAAUUUGGAUGAAUUUGUCUACAAAAUCAGCAGAAAUCAGUAAGUUUUGGUUUUUAUGUUGAUGACUUUCUUUGCCUUAAUUAGAUUAAUCUCAAUACUAACAUAAGGGAAAUCUUAUUAUGCUCUUUAUGGAGGAGGCUUUUUAAUUUAUACUAUUUUACUGCUUUUGAUAUCUUUCAAAGGAAAACUAUGGAUUAAGAAAUAUGGAAAUCUGUUAACAUGUUGUGUUCUAGGUUUAAUGUAAAUUUAAGCAUAUUAAACUAAUAACAUAGAGGAACUGUAAUAAAAUUAAUAAUUAAAUAUCAUAUUUUCUAUGAUUAUAUUUAGCAUAUUAGAUCUAAAAGGGGCAUAUUUUUAAAUUAUUGUUUUUAUUGGUAUAAAAAUUUGGAUUCAAGUCUCAUAGAAUACUAAAUUCAAUAGUUAUACUUUAAUAUUUUAAUUGUUAGAAGCAAUCUUAGUAGGAAUUUAUGUAUUUUAUUAACAAUAAGGACAUAAAAUUAGAUUUUCUUAAGAAUGUUUUGAGAAAUAACUAUGUAAUAUAAUUUAUAAAUUAGUUCGGUUUCUACCAGAUUUAAUAUAAAAUUAAUUUCUUAUGUUUAAUUUAGAUAAACAAAGCUCGAGCUUUAAUUUGAGAUUUAAAAGUGAUAUUACAUCUAUUAAAUGGGAUGAUUCAAAUGCACCUACAUCUAAUUUAAGAUCAUUUCUUAGGAAUUGUUUUUAUGAAGAUUAAUCAUUAGAAUAAUAUAUUUUAUCAAGAAACAAUCUUAAAGAUUAUAAUCAUAAUCAUUAUUUUACUCAAAAUUUAAAUCUUCAAUAUUUUGAUCAUAAAUCAAAUUUAAUAAGUUUAAAUUAUUCAGAAUGUUUUCUAGGAGAAAAAUAUUAUUUAAUUACUUUUAAUGAAAAGAAAUAUGACUAUUUAACAGACAUUAACAAUUCAUUAAUAACUUGUAUUAAUAGGAAUCAAGAACUUACUAUUAGUUUUUUAAGAAAAUAAUUACAUCUGAUAUCUUCAGCAAUGAUUUAAAAAAAUUAAUUAUAAUAAUUAGCUAAAUCGAAAAUACAUACAAUGUAUUUUCUUGGUUAAUUUUUAUAAAUUAAUAGCUUUUCAUAAAUAGAUCCAAAUAUAAAGGAUAUUAAUCUUACAAAAUUAUUGUAAUUAUUAGUGAAUCUUUAUUGUAUUGCUUAUAAGCCUAUUCAAAUUGAAUUAUAAUCAGAUGAACACAAUGAUUUUUAUAUAAAGAGCAAUGAAGAAUUAAUUUAAACAUUCUUUCAAAUUUUAUGUUAGCUAUUAAUUCGAUUAAAAGCUAAUGUAUUAAAAAAUUAAUUAAUUUUUGGACAAGAUUAAAAUAAUAGAAAAUUAUUUUAUAUAAUCAUUAGAACAGAGUGUUAUUAGGAGUUUAGAAGUUAACUUUACAGCAAUCCCUUCUUUUAGAAAAUAUAAAGAAGAUUAUGUCCAAAUCUCGACAUUCUCAUAUAAAAUUAGUGUAAAUAUAAAUUAAUAAUGUUUUAGCUGUAAAAUUUUAUUUAUAUAAAAAUUAUUAACCUUUAGAAGAGAUUAGAGAAUUAGAAGAUGAGAUUAUUUGA